AAGAAAUGCUUAAUUUACUAAGAAAUUUUCAAAUGUAUUGUGAUCAUGCUAACAACAUACUGACAGCAGAUGACAUCAUGGAUCUGAGACCAUCGUCAGAAUUUGUUCUGAAGUUUACUGAUGAAGCUGACUAUACCAAACUCCUCAAAGAUGUUUUUAAUCCUAUUGACCAACUUUUCCCAGAGGAAGCUUUUGAGUUUCUUGUUGAGUUCUUUUCCGAGAAAUUAAAUGACCAGCAAUGGCAAGACAAAAUUGAAACCUUAAUAAAUCCUGAAACAGAUCAAUUUUUCAAACAAUUAAAAAGGUUUAUGUUUGAAACACUUCCAAUAUU